CGUCACGCCGUGGAUGUGAACAUUUUGCUGAACGCGCGGCCGCUCGGCGCACUGCGAGUCAGUGAGUUGGGACAAGCGCGUGAACCAAAACAAAAUCCGACUCGGAUUUCAACAUCAAACAAGCCAGGUUUGAAUUCACAAAAUUGGCCUAAAUGGCGAAGCGACCAAAAUUAGUCUCAAGACUAUGGGUGCCUUUUUGCUUGUUCUUUUUAUUAUUAAGCGUGAUACUCACGGCAGUACUCAUAUGGAUGAGCCAAAGUUCACAGCCUCCAAAAACAUGCCCCACUAACUCCACUCAUAAUAAAUGGAUGCCCAACCACAAAGCCAGAGAGAUUUUCUCUGACUUGUCUCCUGCAGAGUUAACAGCUGUACAGAAAUUUCUGCUAAAUCAAAAGCCGCUCAAUAUUGUCCCAGUCACAAAAGCAACCUUGAAAAGCAAUUACAUCUACAUGAUUGAGCUCCACAACCCAACAAAAAGAGAAGCCCUGAAUUACUUGGACCAUGGGGGACCAAAGCCUGAACGAGUUGCCAAGGCAGUGGUUUUUCGUGGUGCUGACAGUUCAGUUUCUGUUGCAGAAUACUUGGUUGGUCCAAUUCCGAACCCAAGAUGGUACAAUCUAUACCAUCCCUCAACAAGGAAACGUACAAUUAAUUACUGCUCACGACCAUCAUCAAUGCCAGAAUACAAAUCCUUGUAUAUACAACUGAUCCCCGGUAUCAUGGGCAAAAUAGAACACAUUUUGAAAGAGAGUUAUGGCUAUUGGUUUCAUAAUUGUGGAGAUAAGUGUCUGGUUGCAGGUGACCUUCCCAUAAGAGGUUUUGAAUCUAAUCAAAGGCAUUCCUGGCUUCAGCUCUUCAGAAAUGUGGAGGGUUUCUAUCUACAGCCAGUUAGUCUUGAAAUCCUGAUCGAUCACAACAGCACAAAUCCGGAUGAUUGGAGCGUGAUGAAAGUAAAUUACGAUGGCCAGUAUUUUGACAGUGUUGAAGAAUUUGUUCGGAAAUACGAUGAAGGAACUGUCAACAAGGUGAAGCAAUUGGACAGCAAUGCGAAGUCUGCUGCGUAUGAUCGUCGCGGAGCCUUCAGAGUAGACACGUCUCAGGCGGGACCACGGCAGUACGAGCCCGAGGGCCACCGCUACCAGGUUGACGGGAACUUUGUGCAGUACAUGCCCUGGACGUUCGCUUUCAGAAUCUCCUUCACGGGUCUCCAGCUCUUUGACAUCAAGUACAACGAUGAGCGACUCGUGUAUGAGAUGAGCCUCCAAGACGCAGUCUCCUUUUAUGCUGGAAACACACCCGUCGGGAUGCAGUUGAAAGCCAUCGACUCGGGCUGGACCUUUGGUGCUGACAAUUUUGAGUUGGUGAGGGGCAUAGACUGCCCGGAGAGUGCGACGUUUUUGGACACGUACCACUUUGUGGACGCGGACAAGCCGACGAAAUACCCAAACUCCAUCUGCAUUUUUGAGCACAACACCGGAGUGCCCUUGCGUCGCCACACUGACAACGACUUUCAAAACGGUUACACGUUCUACGGUGGCCUGGUCAGCUAUGUGCUCGUGAUUAGGACUAUCAAUGUUGUGUACAAUUACGAUUACAUAAUAGACUACAUAUUUUACCAGAAUGGAGUCAUUGAAACAAGAACCCAAGCCACCGGGUACCUCCAGACGAGUUAUCUAUUUGGAGACGGCACCAAGUACGGCACCAGAAUAUCCGAUCACGUCCUGGGAAAUGUGCACACGCACAUGUUCAACUACAAGGUGGAUGUCGACUUGGGAGGGACUGAAAAUAACUUUCAGACGGCGUCUCUACAAAUGGAGAACAUUCCCAUUCCAUGGGAAACAGGACGCACCAAGAUGCAGCCCACGCUUCACCAUAGCCUCAAGAGGACUGAAACUGAGGCGGCAUUUAAAUACGACUCCCAGCUGCCUUAUCUUGUGUUUGUGAACUCUAAAUCUAAAAACAAGUGGGGUCAUCCACGGGGGUAUCGGAUACAGCUCACAAGCCAUGGCAAGCCACUUCUGCCUGAGGAUUACGAAGAAGAGAAAGCUGUUGCAUGGAGCAGAUACCAGAUGGCAGUGACAAAAUACAAGGAGACGGAGCGGUACAGCACCAGCAUUUACAACCAGAAUGACCCCUGGGACCCAGCAGUUUACUUCCCGGACUUCGUAAAUGAUGACGACAAUAUCGUGAAUGAGGACCUGGUGGCCUGGGUGACGGUGGGCUUCGUGCACAUCCCCCACUCGGAGGACGUCCCCAACACGGCCACGUCGGGAAAUGCAGUGGGCUUCUUCUUCCGGCCAUUCAACUUCUAUGACGAGGACCCAUCGGUGGCUUCGAGGGACGUCGUGAUCCUGCGGCCAGGGCCCCUCAGCUCUGGAAAGCCUGUCGUGUCCUGGUGGACGGAGCAGAGCCCCACUGAGCCCAGCGUCUGCCUGCCCAACAUUCAGCCGUUAUCCUACAAUGGGACGCGCACUCCCGUGUAAAUGGCGCAAACACGGACACCACAAAUCCAUCUUGCUCAUCUAGAGAAAAGAGGGUUGUUCUGGAGAAAAAAACUUUAUAACCCACACCCAUAUAUUCCGAACUAAAUAUAAUGCAUACUAUUUUAAAUGGAACACUUUACAAACCUCUACAGUUCAGAAUUAUAUAAUCUCACAGAUAGCUGGUGUUGCAAUACGUGUAAACAAAAACAUUACAUUCAAAGUUAAAAUUCUUACAAUGUCAACAUUUUCAAAUGUACUGUGUUACUGUAAUCAUGAUGCAUGUUUUAUUCACACGUAUGGACCAGAUUAAAAAAAAACACAUCACAACACUACUAAAAGUUAACUAUAGUGCUUUCAGCUGUAAGAUAAUAAAGCAGUAUUCACAAUAACACAUUCCUGCGGAGGGAGCUGGUAGGAACGUUGGGUUGCUCGGUCAAUGGCCAGGGUCAACGGCACCACCACGUGAUGUAUUCC